AUGCAAUGCAGGCACUACAUCAAAGACGAGACUAUGCGAACGUUGUUCGGCCUUGUACCCUUCUAUGGGGGGGAUGAUGGACCGAUGGACCAAAUGGUUAAAGCCACUCUUGCAAGUGUACGUCCCGACGCAAUCGAUGUUCGCAACGAGGCGGGGGAUACCUUGCUCAUUCUCGCCUGUCAACACGGGUGCGAGGUGCGGCUCGUUGAAACUUACCGACUAAGACAACCGCACGCCGGUUUGAAAACGACGCUCUGUUCGAGUGUUCUUGAGUGUGGUUUUCACAAAUUUCAAGCGUUGGAUCUCGUGGAGCCUAUUCUCGCGAAGGGUGCGAAUCCUACGGCAGUGAACGCGGUCGGUAUUUGUGCUCUUCACUACACCUGCUUCGCCGACUCGCUGUCCUACGACGCAGCCGAAGCGUUGUUGUGGAAGGGCGCCGAAACAUCCACCGCCGAGACUACGUACGGUUGUACCCCGCUACACUAUGCUGCAAGUUCUGGCGACGCCGAGAUAUGCGCUUUGUUGGUAGAGCACGGGGCGCAGCCAAAGGCAAGCAAUGCAACCCAAGACUACUACAACUACACCGCUGUGAAAUACGCCAAGGACGCGGGGCACGAGCAUGUAGUCGAGCUGCUCGGCGGUGAAGAGGAGGGAGAGGGAUGGGAAGAGGUCGAGGAAGCCUACACGGGAAUGGGUACGGGAGAGGAAGGCGAGGCGUCGGGGCCGACCGGCGGCCUCUGGAUCCGCCACAUUGAUCCGCAGACGGAGCUCGCGUACUACAUGAACGACGAGACGGGUGAAUCAUGGUGGGAAACUGACCUGCAGGCAGUCGCCAAAGAGUUUCUGGCGACUGUUCCCGCCACUGCUGGCGGUGUCAACGGCAGCAAAACCGGGGCUGUGUCUGCAUCCAUCACACUCCCGCCCCUAGGGGUCCGGGAAUGGCUGGUGCAGGAGCAGGUGCGGUCGUGGCUGGUUGCCAUCUUUAGCCGAGCGGACCCACUGAAGCUGAUGGAGGUGGAUCUGGCCAUGCAAAUAGGAAAGGUGUGGCUGUGGGCGUUCCCAAGCGUUUUUGCAAUGCUGAUGACACUUCACGAAAUGCGGUGGACUCCUAAGGCGGACUUCAAAGAAAUGCUGCAAGCGCUCAUGAUACGCUACGGAAUCAAGAAAAUGGAUUUCCUCCGGGAGGCGUCAUUCCCAAAAUUGGAACCUCUUGGGGUUUCUUCGCUCAUUCCCUCUGAAGACGAACUGAGCAAAUCCGGGGCGGAACAGUCCACGCCGAAAACCGACGGCGAGCAGAAGCCCCCCGCGACCGAGGAUGGCGCUCAUGCCCAGCCUAGCCGAGCAGCCGAGGGGCAUCGAAGCAGUAGGGAAGCUACCGAGCUCGUGCCUGCGGCCCUUACCACCAGAAAACACAGCAGCACUAGCAUCGGUAGGAUAGCAGCAGUUGGGCAGCAAGGUGGGCGCGAUAACAACAACAACAACAACAACAACAACAACGGCAGCAGCAGCAGCAACAGGUCCCUCUACCGAGGAGCGUCUUCCCAGCACAACCUGCAGCGCGUCGAUUCACCCGCGGUACUACGUGCCGAGGCGGACAAAGUGUUUCAGGACAAUGAACUGGCCGAGGAACGGCAACGCCAAACAAGCGCCCUGAACGAGCAGCGUAAGACUCUUCGAAGCUUAGAGGAAGAUUUGCGGAAGCGAGAGGCUGCUUUGGCCAAGACGAAAGAGGAAGCGGAAGAAGCAAUGAGUGGGGUAGCAAAGCUCCAAUCGGCGUUGGCAGACGAUAGCUCGGGGCAGGCCGCGAUUGACUCGCUCUCGGAAGAGAUUACCAAGCUCAAGGCAGGCGUAGCCGCCGAGAAAGUGCGGUUGAGCCACAUCACGGAAACCCUCGAGGCUACCAAGGGAUCGGUCGAGGAGCAAGCCCAGGAAGAAGACCGGCGCGUCAGGCUCGAACGGCUGAGGUCGGACAAUGUGGCGGAGGUGGAGAAAAUCCGAACAGAUGCUGCAGACUCUCUGGGCAAGGCCGAGCAGGCUUGGGACACCGAGCGCGUCGAACUGGAGCGAGACCUGACCGAAAAGGGAGCCGGGAAAGUGGAUGAAGCUCGAGCGUGGAUGAAACAACACGCAGAGGAGCAUGCCGGCUCGAAGCAAAUCGACCAGACAAACAAGCAGUUGCACACGAGCCUCCGAAGAGAAAUGGAGCGUGCCAAGCAGCUUCAUAACCAGAUCGAGGAUACGAAGGGCCAGACACGAAUGUAUGCACGAGUGCGUCCAAUGGACGCUCUUGAGAAGGAGGCUGGAUGCAAGGAGGUGUGCCUGCGAGAUGGUAAGCAGACAUUGGCCCUCCUCACAGCAGUACAGCAACACUGGACGUUUACGCACGUCUUCCAAAAUGCGUCGGCCGAGGUAGCGGCGACUACAGCGGCGCAGGCAGAGCUGCACAAGGAAGUUGCGGGGCUGGGGACAACGCUCGCGGACGGUCACAACGUCCUUCUCAUGGCCGUAGGCGCUUCCCGGUCGGGAAAGACGCUGGCGCUUGUAGGAGAACCUGACCAGACAGCAGCAGGCGCAGGGGGUGACGGCUUCUUCUUUGCGGACAUUUCGGGCGAGGAUGAAAAACGGACGGCGACGCCUGCAGCGACGGCGAGUCAAGGCGAAUCCAAGAAAGUUCCGAAAAGGGGUAAGGGGAAGGUCGGUGGCGGCGGCGGAGGGGGCGAGCGCGGGAACGAGGGGGCGUUAGGCGAUGGUGGGGGGGGGGUUGCUGUCAAGGUGACACCCUUGGCCGGAGUGUUCCCGCGACUGGUGGCAGAAACGUUCGCGACGCUGAAGCAUCGCGUCGCGCAGUGCGCUUUUGUUGUUUGGGUCAGCGUCGUCGCGGUUUCAAUACCUGUGGCGCCGCAAGUAGCUACCGACAGUAGCGGUGUGGUAGAGAGCCUCCUACCUCCGGUGGACUCACCGCCUGUGUGCGGCGAUUCCUCCUCGGUGGUACGUGAAGGUGACACCUCUGAUAAUAAGAAGAACGAAGGGGAGCCAAACGCUACAUCCCCCGCACCUACGGAAGGGGAAAAUCGAUGGGGACGAGAGAUUGCGGCAUCUUCACCACAAGAGGUGAUGAGGAUCGUCAUGGACGCUAGGUCUCGGGCGAUGUCGUCACCGGAGGCGGGGGGAUCCGGAAAUUCCCGAGAGGUGCGGAAAGACAGACAUUUCCUGUCUAGAAUCCGAGUGGAGCUUGUGAACAGGAGCACACGCGAAGCCUCCUCAUGUGAGAUGGUUAUUGUGGAGCUCGUGGAGGAGAUGCCAGGGGAGGCUUGGCCGGCGGCCCUGGCAGACACCGUGCGCACUCACGCUGCUGCGACGGUUGUCAAUACCAACAAGGCGUACAGAGCGGACGGGCUCCCAGGGAUGGUCAGGAGUUGCCUCGCGGACACGGCCAAGGUUGUGACAAUCUUGUGCGUAAGCCCAGCUGACAACUACGCGGACAAGACCGAGAAAACCCUCAGCUUCGGGAAGGCCUGCGAAAACUCGGGCGAAAAUGGUGCUGCGCAGCUGAAGGAUCUCAAAAAGGAACUGGCUAGACUCAAGAAGGAGGCGACGGGCACCAGGAAAACGGCCCCGACUCAGCUUCCGCGUCCUGCUGGAGGGAAACGGUUAUAG